UGCUGGCGACUGAGUCCAAAGCGCUACCUGCAGCCACACGGCAUCCAGCCUCCCCUUCCUUUGGCUUACUCGCACCGUCUCCCUCCCCUCUCCUCUCUCUCUCUCCCUCGCUCACACACCAAAGCUCUCCUUCGGGUCGGAGACGCCAGCCCGGGGAGGCGGGGUUGCUGGAGGAGAGUCCGCUCUGCGCAAUCCAGUCCGGGACUUGGCUCCGCCCGGAGCGUCGGCCUCUCCGCUGACACUGGAGUAGUGAGCCGCACGGGGUGAGGCUGCAGCCAACUCCGCUCCCCACGCACUCGGCUGCCUAGGCGCUCGGGACGCAGCACACACCGGCGCUUUUCCGCGGUGCCGACUGCCCGAGAUGCCCGCCUAGGAGCGUGCGGCCGCGGCCAGCGUCGCCACACCCGGGACACUGAGCUCGGGGUUGCAGAGCCGGCCAGAGCCCUGCACCUCUGCCUCAACCCCCCACCCCGCCCCCCGCCCUGAAAUGACUAGUUAAUGGGCGCUGGCACCGCUGAGGGGACUCAGAAGUGAAUCCAAGUGGAAUUUGGAUUUGGAAAAGAGUUUCUUGAACAUUUUACCCUGGUCCUCGUUGGGUUUUCUUCCUCUGGUUUUUUUUUUCCUUUUUCUUUUCUUUUUCCUUUUUCAAUUUUUUUUUUUUUGCCUUCCCCUCCCGUCCUCUUCUGUCAUUGGAGAUGAACACAGCUCGUUUGCAUCCCAGAAAGUAAUCGCCGUGACUGUUGCCCCCAAAGAGACAAGCACACAUGUAGGAAUGACAAAGGCUUGCGAAGGAAAGAGCGCAGCUCAAGGCCCAGAGAGAUCUUCUCGAUAAUGGAUUACUAAAUGGGAUACACGCCGUGCCAGUCCGCUCCGAGCCGCGGCCGCCUGCCCGUCGAUGCACCGAAAAGGGUGAAGUAGAGAGAUAAGUCUCCCCGCUGAACUACUAUGAGGCCAGAAGCCUUGCUGCUAAGUCUCACACUGCUGCACAGCGCUGGGGCCGCUUUCCCAGAAGACUCUGAGCCAAUCAGUAUUUCGCAUGGCAACUAUACAAAACAGUAUCCGGUGUUUGUGGGCCACAAGCCAGGACGGAACACCACACAGAGGCACAGGCUGGACAUCCAGAUGAUCAUGGUCAUGAACAGAACCCUCUACGUUGCAGCUCGGGACCAUAUUUAUACUGUUGAUAUAGAUACAUCCCACACAGAAGAAAUUUAUUGUAGCAAAAAACUGACAUGGAAAUCUAGGCAGGCUGAUGUAGACACAUGCAGGAUGAAGGGGAAACAUAAGGAUGAGUGUCACAAUUUCAUUAAAGUUCUUCUCAAGAAGAAUGACGAUACCCUGUUUGUCUGUGGAACCAAUGCCUUCAACCCUUCCUGCAGAAACUACAAGGUCGAUACGUUGGAAACUUUUGGGGAUGAAUUUAGCGGAAUGGCCAGAUGUCCUUAUGAUGCCAAACAUGCCAACAUCGCUCUGUUCGCAGAUGGAAAACUCUACUCUGCCACGGUAACUGACUUCCUGGCCAUCGACGCAGUCAUUUACAGGAGCCUUGGAGACAGUCCUACCCUCAGGACUGUCAAGCAUGAUUCAAAGUGGCUGAAAGAACCAUACUUUGUCCAAGCACUGGACUAUGGAGACUAUAUCUACUUCUUCUUCAGAGAAAUUGCUGUAGAGUACAACACCAUGGGAAAGGUCGUUUUCCCGAGGGUGGCUCAGGUUUGUAAGAAUGACAUGGGAGGGUCUCAGAGAGUCCUGGAGAAGCAGUGGACGUCGUUCCUGAAGGCCCGCCUGAACUGCUCCGUGCCUGGAGACUCUCAUUUCUAUUUCAAUAUACUCCAGGCAGUUACAGAUGUGAUUCGCAUUAAUGGCCGUGACGUUGUCUUGGCAACCUUUUCCACGCCUUAUAACAGCAUCCCUGGAUCUGCAGUCUGUGCCUAUGACAUGCUCGACAUUGCCAAUGUUUUUACUGGGAGAUUCAAGGAACAGAAAUCUCCUGAUUCUACUUGGACACCAGUUCCAGAUGAGCGCGUCCCUAAACCCAGGCCAGGUUGUUGUGCUGGCUCAUCCUCUUUAGAAAAGUAUGCAACCUCCAAUGAGUUUCCGGACGAUACCCUGAACUUCAUUAAGACGCAUCCACUGAUGGACGAGGCAGUACCUUCCAUCAUCAACCGACCGUGGUUCCUGAGGACGAUGGUCAGAUACCGCCUGACCAAAAUUGCAGUCGACAACGCGGCUGGGCCAUAUCAGAAUCACACUGUGGUUUUCCUGGGAUCAGAAAAGGGAAUCAUCUUGAAGUUCCUGGCCAGGAUAGGAAGCAGUGGUUUCUUAAAUGGCAGCCUUUUCCUGGAGGAGAUGAAUGUUUACAACCCAGAGAAGUGCAGCUAUGAUGGCGUAGAAGACAAAAGGAUCAUGGGCAUGCAGCUGGACAGAGCAAGUGGUUCCCUGUAUGUUGCGUUCUCUACCUGUGUGAUAAAGGUGCCUCUUGGUCGGUGUGAGCGGCACGGGAAGUGUAAAAAAACCUGUAUUGCCUCCAGAGACCCAUACUGUGGGUGGGUAAAGGAAAGUGGUUCCUGUGUCCAUCUGUCACCCCAUAGCAGACUGGCUUUUGAACAGGACGUAGAGCGUGGCAAUACAGACGGCCUAGGAGACUGUCACAAUUCCUUCGUGGCACUGAAUGACAUUUCAACUCCUCUACCAGAUUAUGAAAUGUCUUUCAACACAGUGUAUGGGCACUCCAGUUCCCUCUUGCCCAGCACCACCACGUCAGAUUCGGCAUCCCAAGAGGGGUAUGAGUCUAGGGGAGGCAUGCUGGACUGGAACAACCUGCUCGAGGCACCCGGCAGCACAGACCCUUUGGGGGCAGUGUCCUCACAUAAUCACCAGGACAAGAAGGGAGUGAUUCGGGAAAGUUACCUCAAAAGCAACGACCAGCUGGUUCCUGUCACCCUCUUGGCCAUUGCAGUCAUUCUGGCUUUUGUCAUGGGGGCCGUCUUCUCGGGCAUCAUCGUGUAUUGCGUGUGCGAUCACCGACGCAAAGACGUGGCCGUCGUGCAGCGCAAGGAGAAAGAGCUCACCCACUCGCGUCGGGGAUCGAUGAGCAGUGUCACCAAGCUCAGUGGCCUCUUUGGGGACACCCAGUCCAAAGACCCGAAGCCGGAGGCCAUCCUCACGCCACUCAUGCACAACGGCAAGCUGGCCACGCCUAGCAACACGGCCAAGAUGCUCAUCAAGGCUGAUCAGCACCACCUCGACCUCACCGCCCUGCCCACCCCGGAAUCCACGCCGACGCUGCAGCAGAAGCGGAAGCCCAACCGCGGCAGCCGCGAGUGGGAGAGGAAUCAGAACCUCAUCAACGCCUGCACCAAGGACAUACCCCCUAUGGGCUCCCCGGUGAUUCCCACGGACCUGCCCCUACGGGCUUCCCCAAGCCACAUCCCCAGCGUGGUGGUGCUGCCCAUCACGCAGCAGGGCUACCAGCAUGAGUACGUGGAUCAGCCCAAAAUGAGCGAGGUGGUGGCUCAGAUGGCCCUGGAGGACCAGGCUGCCACCCUGGAGUAUAAGACCAUCAAAGAGCAUCUGAGCAGCAAGAGUCCCAACCACGGGGUGAACCUUGUGGAGAACCUGGACAGCCUGCCCCCCAAAGUUCCACAGCGGGAGGCCUCCUUGGGCCCCCCGGGAGCCUCGCUGUCCCAGACCGGCCUAAGCAAGCGGCUGGAAAUGCACCACUCCUCCUCCUACGGGCUUGAGUAUAAGAGGAGCUACCCCACGAACUCGCUCACGAGAAGCCACCAGGCCACCACUCUCAAAAGAAACAAUACUAACUCCUCCAAUUCCUCCCACCUCUCCAGGAACCAGAGCUUUGGCCGGGGAGACAACCCGCCUCCCGCCCCGCAGCGGGUGGACUCCAUCCAGGUGCACAGCUCCCAGCCCCCUGGCCAGGCCGUGACUGUUUCGAGGCAGCCCAGCCUCAAUGCCUACAACUCACUGACGAGGUCGGGGCUGAAGCGCACCCCCUCGCUAAAGCCAGAUGUACCCCCCAAACCCUCCUUUGCUCCCCUUUCCACAUCCAUGAAGCCCAAUGAUGCGUGUACAUAAUCCCUGGGGUUGGGGCCAGGAGUCGAAGCAUCAGACGAGGCGAGGCACCCACCCAGCUCAGCAAGGUCUCCACUGCCUCGAGUAUCCACCCGACCAAGAUGGCCCUGGAGGAGUUGAGGACGCUGGGUCCUCCUCCCUGGGACACAGGGACACUCUUGAAAAGCAGGCCAUGUGGUUUGGUGAAGGUUAGCAGCAGUCCCGUCCAUUCUCUUCCUUCACACGCCCCACAUCGUACAGCAGGUCGGACUCACGAAAGACUUCAGUAUCAUCACAAACAUGAGCCAAAAGCACAUCCGCACCCCAUCCCCACAUGAACACACAUGCACACCCCACACUCACAUGCGCGCACUACACACACACACACACACACACACACACACACACACACACACACACGUGAACAACCACCAUAACAUUUUGUCCCUGGCUGCAUGGGACGUUACCAAACUGGGCUAAGCGUUCAAAACUUUAAAACACAAAUACAUUUUUUUUUCAAAAAAAAAAAAAAAUGAAAAUUAAAAAAAUAAAAAAAAUAAAGAGUUCAUUGAUAAUUCUAACUCAGACUUUAACAAUGGCAGAAGUUUACUAUGCGCAGAUACUGUGAAAUGCCCGCCAGUGUUACGGCUUUGUUAAAGCAGGUAAAUGCCAUGUUGGGCAACGAUGUCAUAGAUUUCUGCUCCUCUUCGCUUUUAAUGAAUAACGUGACCGUUAACGCAAGUAACUCUUAUUUAUUGUUCACCCUUUUCUUUUUCCUUAAGGAAAAGACUCUUCCAAAUGCCACCGUAUGAACAGCUCUGCAGAAAGCCCGUGGAAAGUUAAACUAUUUAACGUGAAAUCCAUUAACUGGAAUAAUUGAGUUUCUUUAUUUUUACAAUAAAUUCACUGAGUAAAUAA